AUGACCUGCCACAGUUUUUCCUAUCAAUGUAACUGCACUAUCGCCCCAAGGGUUCUGUUAUUGUCUGUUUCUUCAGCUCUGAUUCAAAGCCAUGAGUUUUCUCACCGGAUCUCGUUGACUGUCGCUGACCUUGGAGAUAACGUGACUUUGACAUGUUCAGUCUCUGGGGAUCAACCCAGGUUUUUGUUCUGGCACAAGCUGAAUUUUGGAAAUAUGUUUCAAAGGGUUGCUGUAGGAUAUUUGGACACAACAACACUUGACUAUCUCUUUAACAGCUCAAGAUUCAAUUUCACAAAACUGGAUGAUGUGUAUUCUCUGACCAUAAGAAAUGUAAGAAAAGAAGAUGAAGCAACAUACCUCUGUCAAGGAGGAUCUUCAAUAUCAAUGGUGUUUUUCAAUGGCACACUUUUGGCUGUGAAUGAUCCUAAAAACCAGAAGAAAUCGGUCUACGUGAAACAAAGUCCAGAUGUGGAGUCGGUCCAGCUGGGAAAUUCUGUGACUCUGAGGUGUUCACUUGUCUACAAGAAGGAAGAAAACAAGAGUCGGUGUCCAGGUGAACGCCGUGUGCACUGGUUCAGAGCUGGAUCAGAAUCCAAUCCGGGCAUCAUUUACACUGACAGUACCUGCAGUGAUGGACAGGAGGGAAGGAGCUGCGACUACCGUCUGUCCAAAACCAUACGAGAGUCCUCAGAUGCUGGAACUUACUACUGUGCUGUGGCCACGUGUGGACAGAUCCUGUUUGGUGAAGGAACUCAAGUGGAGACAAACAUGAUCCCCAAACUGGCAACAGUGUCCACUUUUGAUCAACAGAUGUCUCACAGAGAAAACACUACCUUCACAAAGAGCAGUGCAUUGGAAGAACUAAACGGCCACCAAAACCACCAUGACCAGCUUUUGUCCCUGCAAACCUGA